AUGGUGAGUCUCAAAGAAAAAUCAGUUUUGUUGUAUCUCCAUGACGAUCAAAUCUGUUUUCUUAAAGCUGCAUUACAAUCUGAAGACAAUGCGAAAUUGGUCGGUAAGUUGAAGAAUCAUGCCGCUGCAUUUAAGGAAGAAUUAGAUGAUGAGAAAAUGGUGAAAACGAUUGAGGCGCUGCUGAGCGACGAAAAUCUCGCUGAAACGCUUCAAAUUGUGCUCGAAGAUAAGUACCUAGUGUGGAUACUCAAAGAAAGUUUAAAGCUUAACGAUCCGCUGUAUCCUAAAUCGCGUUUUUUUAAAGGUCAUGUAACGCUGAAGCCUAGUAAAGUUGAUUUUUUUAAUUCGCUCCAAAUGUUGGUGAAGGAUAAUGAAAAAUCGCAGCUGAUCAAAGCGUCUUUGGAGGAUGAUGUCGAUCUUAAGCUUUGGAAAAGCUUUCGAGGCAGCAAGACGUUGAAAUUGGUUGAAGACAUGUUGGGCAGGACACAAUUGGAUACGGUACAGUCGCUCAAGCGAUUCUCGACGAUCAGGAGAAACUUGGUUUUGGACGACAAGAAAAGGUUUUCAAAACACAAGAACGAACUAGCUGAUGAAGAAUGGAUGGGGAAGUUCGACGCGUUAUUAGAGGAUAUGAAUCUAGUGUUUUUCCUCGGAGUGGCCAUUAAGGAUGAUGGUCGUGCGAAGUUAUUCCGAGCGGCUUUGAGGAAAAAGACAGGUGAAGGUUUAUGA